AUGGCCAGAGAAAACGGUGAUUAUGGGGCCCUUUGGAGGGCUGCUCUGGAGGAAAGGAUAAAGAAGGAAGACUUGGCAGAGCCUGAAGCCUGCAGAGGCCAUGAAGCCCCUUGGGUGGGGAGCAGUGGGGGAUUCUGGGAAGGAACCCUGCCGAAGAUCCAGGCUGAAGAAGCUCUCAGCACAGAUCUACAGCACCAGCGAUUCAGGCAGUUCUGCUACCAGGAGGCGGAAGGGCCCCGAGAGGUCUGCAGCCGACUCCACCAUCUUUGCUGCCAGUGGCUGAAGCCAGAAAGGUGCACCAAGAAGGAGAUGCUGGACCUGGUGAUCCUGGAGCAGUUCCUGGCGGUCCUGCCCCCAGAGAUGCAGAGCUGGGUCCGGGAAUGUGGGCCAGAGACCAGUUCCCAGGCGGUGGCCCUGGCAGAAGGCUUCCUCCUGAGCCAGGCAGAAAACGAGAACCUGGAACAGCAGGUACAGGAGGCUCCUUUGGACACUGAAAAGAACCUGCCUUUGAGGGGGAUGGUAGCGGAGUAUGACCAAGAUGCCACCUCACUGGAAGGAAAGAAGCACAACUUCAUCUCUGAGGAGAAAAUAUUUUCUUGCUGCCUGCAGGGUCCGGUGUCCUUUGAGGAGGUGGUGGUGUGCUUCACCGAAGAGGAAUGGGCACUGCUGGAUCGAGGCCAAAGGGCCCUGUAUGGGGAAGUGAUGGAGGAGAAUUAUGAGACGGUGGCCUCUCUGGGUUUGGGGUGGAGGAGUGAGAAUGAGGGAGACCCAUUCACAGGUGGCCAAUCUGAAGAGGAGGAAGAGCAGAAAAGAGAAAACAAUGAAAGGGGAAAGAGCAAUUUUUCUGCUUCUCAGGGUGGUGAGAUCCAUGAAGCCCUAAUUCAAGAGCAAGUAGACAUAGGAAAGGGACAGAUUCCGUGUCCCGUGUGUGGAAAAUGCUUCAACAUUCAAUCCAAAUUUAAUAACCACUGGACGGUUCACACCGGGGAAAAACCUUUCAAAUGCUCAGAGUAUGGGAAGAGUUUGGGGUGGAGGAGUGAGAAUGAGGGAGACCCAUUCACAGGUAGCCCAUCUGAAGAGGAGGAAGAGCAGAAAAGAGAAAACAAUGAAAGGAGAAGGAGCAAUUUUUCUGCUUCUCAGGGUGGUGAAAUCCAUGGAGCCCUAAUUCAAGAGCAAGUAGACAUAGGAAAGGGACAGAUUCCGUGUCCCGUGUGUGGAAAAUGCUUCAACAUUCAAUCCAAAUUUAAUAGGCACUGGACGGUUCACACCGGGGAAAAACCAUUCAAAUGCUCAGAGUGUGGAGAGAACUUCCGUCAGAAGGACAAACUGACUACGCAUCAGCGAAUCCACACAGGAGAGAAACCAUACCUGUGCAUGCAGUGUGGGAGGAGCUUCAGUUCCAACUCACACCUUACACUACAUAAAAGGAUUCACACUGGAGAGAAACCAUAUAAAUGCCCACAGUGUGGAAAGAGCUUCAGCAUUCGCUCAAACCUUCAACGACAUCACAGAAUCCAUACCGGGGAGAAACCAUAUGAAUGCCCCGAGUGCGGCAGGGGCUUUGUGAAUAAUCCUGAUCUUACAAGACACCAAAGGAUCCACACAGGAGAGAGACCUUUUAAAUGCGCUGAGUGUGGGAAACAGUUCAAUCAGAAGGAUGAAUUGACCAUACAUCAAAGAAUCCACACAGGGGAAAAACCUUUCAUUUGCACAGUGUGUGGAAAGCGGUUCCGUGCGAAGAGUUCACUUUCUAUACACCAGCAGAUUCACACUGGGGAGAAGCCCUUCAAAUGCUCCGAAUGUGGAAAGAGCUUCCUUAACAACAGAGGCCUUAUGAGGCAUCAGAGAAGCCACACCGGGGAGAAGCCUUUUACGUGUUUGGAGUGCAAUAAGAGCUUUUCUGAAAACUCAGCCUUAAAGAAGCACUUGAGAAUCCACAGUGGGGAGAGACCUUUUACGUGUUUGAACGAGUGCGGGAAAAGCUUCACUCAGUUUAAGAACCUAAUUUCACAACAAAGGAUCCAUAGAGGGGAGAAACCAUACAACUGUGCAGAGUGUGGGAAGAGCUUCAAACGGAAGGCACACCUGGACUCCCACCAAACCGUCCACACAGGGGAAAAGCCAUAUAAAUGUUCAGAGUGUGGGAAGUGCUUCAUUCAGAAGUCACAUCUUACUUCCCAUCAAAGAAUUCACAGAGGGGAGAAAUUCCACAAAUGCCUCGAGUGUGGAAAGGGCUUCACUCAGGGGCAGGACCUGGGAGCUCAGCUGAAAGCUCCUCAUUGGCUGCAAGUCUGA